AUGGACGCAGCAACUGAAUUAUUAGAUGCAGAAGCCCCUCCCUCUUCUGACCAAACAAACCGACUACGCUUCUAUCCGAGGACAGAUAUCAUUUCUCAGAAGACGGUGCGGGAGACCUUCAGGUCAAUCCUUAGCAAGUCUCCCGUCAUUCACGGACUGAUAAAUUCUGCAGGAAUCUCGCCUCAAACGGCAUCAAUCAUCAACUCCGAUGAGACGUUUGAUACGAUCAUAGCGGUUAACAUCAACGGGGUCGGAACUUCAUACCAAACCGAGGAAGAGAUUCUUGCCACUACUCCUACUGCCUCCGGUAAUUCCUUACCUAUUGAUACACCCGGCAACGGAGCCGGAGUGUCCAUAGUGACAGCCUGUAUAGUUGUGGGAUCAACUGUCUAG